AUGUCAUCAUCCACACAGGCAACCAUGCCUCCAGAGGCCACUACUACGCGGUGGGACGGCGAUCCGAGUCGGUGGUGCGCGCCGGCAUCUCAUCAUCAAACGGGGUACCGACUAGAUGAUUCCAAGAUCAGCCGAGCAUCGGCCGAGCUCGACAUUCUGCAGGGCAAGCCGCCCGAGGAGCUGAAGGGGAGAGCGCGCGUUCCCUUCGGGGCAGAGUGGGGUGCUAAGAAGAGCAGGAACAAGGCCCACAUGCCCGCUCCGAGAAGGCAGUCACGCGGUGAUGAGGAGCUUGCAAGAGCGCGUGCCAGAGCGGAGGCAGGGCGAAGACGCAGUGCCAGGCACUAG